GCUGCCAGCCUUGACGAGGAAGAAGAGGAUGAGCUGCUGGAUGCCUACACCACCCCCUCUAAGGGUUCCCAAAAACGCAGCAAUUCCACCCCGGAAACCCCCCGGCCCAAGCGCACUCUCUCCUCCCGCAGCCCCUACGCCCUUUUCUCUCCCAGUAGCUUCUCCCCCGGUGUCACCCCCUCCCAAAAAUACACCUCCCGGAGCAGCCGGGGGGAGGUGGUGGCCUCGUUCGGCUCCAUCCAGGGCCCCUCCUGGAGCGGCGGCGGCGGCGGUUGCACCCUCCAACUUUUCGGUUCCCCAGAAGAAAAUUUAACAAAAAGCUACAAAUUCAUGUUCCAAAAAGCGCUGGACGUCCGGGAAGUGCUGUCGUGGAGGAUCGAGGAGCUCGGUGACGCCCUCAAGAGCCACCAUCACCUGGAGGACUUUGCCUCCGUCUUGCUCCCGGCGCAGGAACCGGUGACGGUGCUGGGACAGAUCGGCUGCGACAGCAACGGGAAGCUCAACCCCAAAUCCGUGGUGCUGGAGGGGGACAGGGAACACUCCUCCGGCGGCCAAAUCCCCCUCGACCUCUCGGAGCUGAAGGAAUAUUCCCUCUUUCCUGGCCAGGUCGUGGCGCUGGAGGGGACCAACAGCACCGGGAGGAUGAUGGUGGUCUCCAAGCUCUACGAGGGGGUGCCACUUCCCUUCCACACCCCCACAGAGCCGGCCCCAGAGCAGAGGAUGGUGUUGGUGGCCUGUGGACCCUACACCACCUCCGACAGCAUCACCUACGAGCCCCUCACCGACCUCCUGGAGGUCAUCGCCCGCGACCGCCCCGACGUCUGCAUCCUGUUUGGGCCGUUCCUGGAUGCCAAGCACGAGCAAGUGGAGAACUGCCAGCUCCUGGGCUCCUUCGCCGAUGUCUUCAAGCUCUGCCUGAAGAUGAUCAUCGAAGGGACACGAAGCACGGGGUCCCAGCUGGUCCUGGUCCCCUCCCUGCGCGACGUCCACCACGACUUCGUUUACCCGCAGCCGCCCUUCUCCUGCCCCGACCUGCCCCGGGACGACAAAGCGCGCGUGCACUUGGUGCCAGAGCCCUGCACCCUGGACAUCGACGGCGUCAUCUUGGGCCUCACCUCCACCGACCUCAUCUUCCACAUGGGCGCCGAGGAGAUCAGUAGCUCAUCGGGGAUCUCGGACAGGUUCACGCGAAUCCUCAAGCACAUCCUGACGCAGAGGAGUUACUACCCGCUGUACCCCCCCUCGGAGGAGCUGAACGUCGACUAUGAAAACUUCUACAGCUACGCCUCGUUGCCCGUCACCCCCGACGUCCUCGUCACCCCCUCGGAGCUGCGGUACUUCGUGAAGGACGUUCUGGGCUGUGUCUGCAUCAAUCCCGGCCGCCUGACGAAGGGCCAGGUCGGGGGGACCUACGGCCGCCUGUACCUACAGCGAGGAGACCCCCAGGGCGAGCGGAGGAGUCCGUGUGUCGCUGCUCAAGUCGUUAAAAUCUAAAAUCUUCGACCUUUUCUACAGUUUAAUUCCUUCACGGGAACAAAGUUGUGUUCAAAGACACUGAAUUUUGGUUAAAAAACACCCAAAACC